AACACCGAGAUGCCCAUUGGUCUGCGAAACAUGUCAGACAAGGCCACAAGAAAGGCCACUGGUGCAAAGAAAAAAGCCACCGACCCAAAACACAGCACUGAUCAGGAUAAGACAGACAAGGAAAGUGAGAAGAAGGAUGCCGAUGCACAGGGCGAUGGGGAAGACACAGACGAGAGCGAUCCACCGUACGAGUUCGAAGACGCAUAUUAG